GGACGUAAAUUCAAAACGAGGCCAAUCGUGUCUUUCUUCCGAGUGUGCCGCCAUCAUGGUUUAAUACUGAAAUCUGUACAAAAGGUUGAAGAAGAUUAUAAUUUAGAAUUAUUUACAGUCCAAGAUUGUGAUUCCUUAAGUAUUAAAAUAUGGAUCCCGACUUCGAAAGGGAACAGAAUUUGAACUUUGAUUCCAAUAGAUCUAAAUCGGCUGAUAAAGAAAAAAGUCGAGACAAGAGACGAUCGCGUUCUCCACGAGCAAAGAGAUCAAGAAGCAGGGAUAGAGACCGAAAACGUUCCCGAUCCAGAGAUCGUACACGUCGCAAAAAGUCUAAAAGUCACUCCCCUAAACCGCCAAAACGAAAGAAGCCAUACAAGUAUUGGGAUGUUCCACCGGCUGGCUUUGAACACAUGAGCGUACCCCAGUAUAAAGCUAUGCAAGCUGCGGGUCAGAUUCCACAAGCUAUGCCAGUUAUGCAAGCACCACAGGUUCCUGUAACUAACACAACUGUUCCGUUUGCUGGCAGUACAAUAAGUCGACAAGCUCGACGUUUAUAUGUUGGUAAUAUACCCUUUGGUGUAACGGAAGAAGCCAUGAUGGACUUUUUCAAUGGGCAAAUGAAAGUGACGGGACUAGCACAAGCUGAUGGAAAUCCAGUUAUUGCAGUUCAAAUUAAUUUAGAUAAAAACUUUGCCUUUCUUGAAUACCGAUCAGUCGAUGAAACGACACAAGCAAUGGCAUUUGAUGGUAUCAAUUUUCAGGGUCAAUCAUUGAAGAUUCGUCGUCCCCGGGAUUAUCAACCUCUUCCUGGUUUAUCAGAACAGCCUUCAAUAAAUGUCCCUGGCGUUGUGUCCACUGUGGUUCAAGAUUCGCCACAUAAGAUAUUUAUAGGUGGGCUACCAAAUUAUCUUAAUGAAGAUCAAGUUAAAGAACUCUUGACCUCAUUCGGUCCACUGAAAGCGUUUAAUUUGGUUAAAGAUAGUGCUACAGGUUUAUCCAAAGGCUAUGCCUUCUGCGAAUAUGUAGAUAUAACUGUUACUGAUCAGGCAUGUGCUGGUUUAAAUGGUAUGCAGCUAGGAGACAAAAAGUUAAUUGUUCAGCGAGCCAGUGUUGGUGCUAAAAAUGGUCAAAAUUUACCUGUUCAGCUUCAAGUACCAGGCUUGGAUAUGCAAAUGGGUGCAGGUCCACCUACGGAGGUCCUAUGUUUGAUGAAUAUGAUUUUACCAGAAGAAUUGGAUGACGAAGAAGAAUAUGAAGAUAUUGUGGAAGAUGUCAAAGAUGAAUGUGGAAAAUAUGGUGUUGUGCGAAGCUUAGAAAUACCACGUCCGAUAAUGGGAGUUGAUGUACCAGGCCUCGGAAAAAUAUUUGUAGAAUUUAAUUCAAUUAUUGAUUGUCAAAAAGCACAGCAAGCUCUGGCUGGUAGAAAAUUCUCUCAACGAGUAGUUGUGACUUCAUACUAUGAUCCUGAUAAAUAUCAUCGACGCGAAUUCUAAUCUUUUAUUCCAUUAGCAUUUAUUAAACAUGUUGAAUGAAUAAAGAUUUUGUUUAACGAUUUAAUCAAUGAUUCAUCCGAACAUCCGGUAUUGUAUGUUUAUGUUUCACUUAAAUUAAGUGAACAGUUACAAUUCAUUAUCAUUUUUAAAUCAUUAUAAUAUAAAGAUUGUUACUCCAUAUUGUAUAUUAACUAGUUUCCACCCUUUCAUUUGGAAAGGACAUGGAUUUAAACAAAAAAGAAAAUCCAGUUUCAUUUUUUUGAUCACAUUGUAUGUAAAUACUAUUCUUUAACUGUUUAAAUUGUUCUUUUCCUUUCAUUGAACCAUGAUUGUAUAUUUAGAAUCAAAUUGCAUUUGAUAUUUUGACAUUGUGUAAUUGAUUUACUCCAAUUUUAUAUUCCUAGUGUACAAGAAAAAGUGUACAAGAAAAUGUGCUUUGAAAAACAUUUAAAUUUAAACUGUUUAGUUUGAUUUCUCAGAUACUUGUAAUAUUUCAUUUCAGUAUGUGACAAUAAUGGCUAGAUAUUUUGCUGAUGUAAAUUUGUUCUGAUAUGACCAGACAAAACAGUAAAACAACAUUCUUUUAAUAUUUUAAUUUUUUUGUUUCUAAGGUUUUUGAUUAAUUUUAAUUUUAGAAAAUUUGAAUGCUUUAAGUAUCUAAAAUGCAAUGUGUGUAUAAAUAGAAUCUUUAAUUCAAUGCUGUUCUUGAUAACAAAAAUGUAUACUGUUGGUUUUAAUCUUAUCUGAAUUUCAGAAUAAAUAGGCUUUAGGCUAUUGAUAUUUCAGUAUUCACUAAAUCAUAAUGUACUUUG